CUAUAAAAACUUACGUGAUACAAAAUGGCAGGUUAUAAAGUGCUCAGUUCUUAAGUUAUAAUCAUGGAUAAAGUAGUUGCAAAUCUUUCUAGUACCGAUAAAUUUAUUACUUUAAGGUGUUCUGCUUGUACUUUACACAUAUUCGAGUCGAGAAAGACCAGUGUUAGGAAAAGAAUAGUUGCAUAUUGUUGUCGCACGUGAAAGGUUCAAAGUGUUCAAAUAAUACAAGGAUACUGUGCGAGUAUUAUGUGUUCUACAUAUUCUACGAAUUCCAGCAGUCAAGUAUUGGACCAGAGCGUCUACCCUACGAUGCAGUCCAAGAAAGAGCAACAAAAUCAUAACAUAUCCUCUUUGGUCUCGUACAAUCCGUGCAAGCAGUUCACAAACGUUUACAAGACCAACGAAAAGGAUUCCCCGAAAGCGAUGGCGGGAAAUUUGAACUCUGACUACCCGAACAACGCCAGACGUUCGGAGAAUAUGGAAUAUUUCCAUAAGGAUAGAAUCGAGGAUGUAACUUCGCAGCUUCACGACGUUGUCAUGAAAUUGCAAAACCUGAACAGUCCAAAGGAUGUAUACAAAUUAGAAGUGAACGAAUCGAAACCGCAAAUAAAUACGAUCGAAGAUAUGGAUAUGCACGGACAGCAGGACGAAAACAUGCUGAAGUCUGCGGCGGCAGCAGCAACCGCAUGCGGAGCGGAUGUUGUCGAUUUUCCCAGCACCAUCCUUCAUCCAAAUUCCAAUGACAACGCGUCGAGUUACGAGGCUUCGCAAUUCUUAAAAGAAUUCCUUAAAAAGCCCAAAAAAAAUCGCUCCCCGAAAAAAUCACCGAAGCAUCGGAACCUUUGGCACAAAACGAAUGAUCAAUUUUCAAAUUAUGAUGCGGAUAUUGAAAUUGGGGUGGAAGCGUACACUGACGUCCCUGACUUGUAUUACCAUCCUAAUAGAUGCACUUUGGAUGAGUUUAUAACAAUUCACGAAGAACCCUUAACCCAUCCCAUUGAAUGCCAGCAUGUGAAAAGUGAUCCAAUCACGUUCACCAUAUCACCUCCCAAAAGAAUGUCCAUGUCGAAGAUAUGCAUGAAACCAGUCAAAAAGUUUUCAACUGCACAAGUCUACUGUGACAAUGACUAUGUAAUUUUCGAAAAGGAGGAUUGUUAUUCUGUAUCUCCUCCUAGCCGGGGGAGCUUCAUAAGAAAAAGAUUGCCAUCAGUUACUAGCGAGGAUAGCUUUGUUGUGUUUGGUGAUGAUGAUGGUGGUGAUAGUGACUGUGAUGAUGAGAGUGACAUUGCUGAUGAGGAUGAUACUAGCAGUGAUGAAGAUGAUUGCAGCACUUCAGAAGAUGAAUCCAUCCUCAGCUCUACCAAUAGUGAACCUGAUGCCCUCAUCGUAGAUUCUGGACAAAGAAAGGUCCGUUUCGCUGAUGAAAAGAAUCUCGUCGAAGUGCACGUAAUAAUAGCGUGGGAUUUCGCGUACAGAGCGUGCAGGAAAGGUCACUGGGAGGAAUGCGUACGCGACAGAGAACGUUUCAGAUUGCGAAUCCUGAGGACAGGCAACAGUCUGCAAAAUAUUUUUGAUCCUAAACACCGGGAUCGCAUUUACAAAGAGAGAUUCUCAAACGACGUUGCGAGAUUCGACUAAAUCAAGAAGACUGUUCCCAGACGUUCGUCGACAUCAAAUGGGGAAUAGAAAACGUGCAUACUUUGCACAUAAUUCUAAUUGAAUUUCAUAUACUCUCAUUAGUUUCGUACAUAUUCUUAAUUGUUAUUCUUAAAAACUGCCAGGAUUUUUAUUUAAAUUUCGCUAUCUUAUAUAUUAUGGAACCGCGAAGGCACUUUCCAAAUUUAUCGUGCGAUUUUCGUUUUCUGCUUCCUCUUUGAUACCGAUACCGUCACAUGAAACUAGACUUUUCGUGAUAUAUUCUUCAUGGAUAAUCAAGUUAUUGUCUAUACUUAACUGUGAUAAAAUUAAAAUGUACAUAUGCGGAAAUUUUUAAAUUAUGUGAUUCAAUACAAAAGCUACCAUCGAUAUUGACGUCUGCAAACGUGUCUUAAUUGUUACAAUAGUUUACAUUUGUCAAUAUUGAUUUUAGUUUAGAUUAGUUCGUUGUUUUCGCUGAUGAACAUUGUAUUAGUUAAUAUGUAUAUAUUAUCUUUUUUUUAGAAAUUACAAGACCGGGAAUAAUCAGGUUUUAUUGUUCAUUUAUUUUUGUUUGGUAACGUGGUAGUCUACUAAUCAUAAUCCCUAUUUUCUUGCCGGAGAUGUAUCUCCCAUUGGAAUUAAGGUUGACUCGUAUUUUUUUUAACAAA